AUGGAGAGGGAGGUAGAAGAAAAUCAGGAAACUACACAAAGUUUGGAAGGGUUGUAUAUUACAAGAGAUGGAUUAGAAGAAGAUGAACUUCUUUUUGAGGGCAGGGAAUCUACACUUAGUUCUGAAGUAGGUGAAACUGCGGCUCCCUCGAGUCCUUCAAAAGAGAAGGAAAUACCUAUUACCGAAGAGUCAGAAACAGAAGGCGUGGAAAUGAAGACAGAUACAAUAAUUCCUUCCAAGGAUGAUCAAACAUCCCUCUAUACAGAAAUGUAUACGGAAGAAGAUAAUCCAAACUCCGUAAUCACUGAUGCGCCACCUAGUACUGGGGAAAUUGAAGGGGAGGAUGCAGUCACUCAUGUGGAUGAGGGGAGGGAAGAUUUAGGAGUUACAACAGAUUCAGACAACAAAGAAGAGGAAAUAGACAGGACAACAAUUGAAGAGAAGUCGGAUAUUUCAAAAGGCGAUGUAGAUGAAUUGGUUGAGGGGGAGAAAACUACAUCAGAUUUAGGUUUGUUCGACAAUUCCACUAUCACAACGCCGCCACCAGAUGAUUAUUACAAAUUACCUGAUCCUUAUUACGAAGAAGAGAGCAUAACAAUGUCCUCAGAGGAGAAUAUUGAGUCCCCAAAGAACGAAGACUUACUGCAUGAAGGAAAAUCAACAAUACCACUUGAGGAAAGAGAGCCUCAUCCUGAGGCACUUAUUGAGAUACCAUCUUUUCAAGGUCCUAAGGAAGAAGCAAAGGCUACAGUUACCACGAGGGAGAUAUAUCCCCUCAAGUUUCUGGAAGUGAAGAUUGGUGGGAAAAAGAUUCACACCACAUCGAGCCUAGAAACGCCUACAGAGUCGCUGACUCCAGAAGAGGGUUUGAAGCAGGAAGAACCGCUGCAACCCGAUUGCCAAUGUCUGGAAAGACUUUUAACUCCGGAACUUGUUGAAAAACUUCGCAAAAACGAGCUCUCCCAAAAGAAACCGGAGGAAAAAGUAUACGAUGAGUUGUUUAAGACGCCUUCAUUCCUCCGAGUGGUUAGGGAAGUCAUCGAUGAGUAUUUCGAUCGACCGGGAAUUGUAGAGCGUUAUAAGCCCAAUUGUGACUGUUCCACAAACAACGGAAUCAACAAUGAUUGUCAAUGUCCUACACCGGUGACAACUCCUAAGCCUCCCUACAAUAUUAACCCGUCGUCUCAGCAUAUUCUUGGGGCUCUCAAGGAUAUGUCUAAUGGAGCAAUCAUCAUGAAUAAUGAGAGCGUCUUAGCCAAAGUCGCCUACUCUCUGGCACCAGGAAGCAUGGUCUACUUAAGCGCCGAAGAUAUGUUCUUCCUCAAGACUGAUGAAAAGAAAAAUAUUUGGCGAAAAAUUGACAUGAACACACAAAGUCAAUCUGUCCGCAUUCCUGCCCCUCAAAUGACAACUACUACAACAUCGAUACCAGUUUUGGCCGAAAAUCUCGUUGGAAAGAGCCUCAUGCUGAUCGCGCAUAACGAGCCGUUGAAUGGAGAACUGCGAUUCGGUGCAAAAAUAACCGGUGGUCAUUCGAGCGCCAUCUUCGCCUGUCAAAGAGCUGCCAGGCGUCAUAACAUCUCUCACGUCUUCUAUCCCCUCAUGAGCACUGAUAUGUUCAACAUGGAUUAUGUUGUGCCACCUAUGUACCGCUAUGACAUGCCUAUCAUUAAUCGCCACGGGAAAAUGCUGUUCGACGACUUCAUGCACCUGAUUAAGGGUGAACAAUCGGCCAUGGCCCCGAUUCUCACAUUUGCAGGAAAGGAGAUUGAUUCUGAUCCAACGGUUCCAUGCGCAUGGGUUGGAGCCAAGCCGAUCUAUCAAAACGGCGACUAUGAGUAUGCUGCACGGUCGAAGUGUCGCAAUUGGCAGACCCACAACCCCAUGGAGAGCGGAUUGGCUGUACACAUACCAAUGAACGGCAACGCAACUGGUUUCUUGGACCAAUCAAAUCUGUACAAGGAGUCCUGCGCAAAACGAUUCUCCGUGAUCGCUCUUCUACCAUGGCCGGCAGAGGUCUUCGAGUGA